AUGCAAAACAUCAAAGACGCUGCCAAUGCUGCCACAGAAAAAGUGAAAGAAGUCACCAGUGGUGCUUCAUACGAAGCUAACAAAGAAGUAGCCAAGGACAGCAAUUUAUCUGCUAGCACUCGAAUUAGCCAUGGUGUCGAUGCUGUAAAAGAUAAAGUUGAAGAAAAGGGUCACGAAGCUAAGAAAGAAGCACACAAAGAAGCUGCUGAAGAACGAGGUGUCAUCGGCCAAAUCGGUGACACAAUUUCCAAUGCUUACAACUUCGUUGCGGAAAAAGUUUCUGAGGUAACAAGUGGCGCAUCGUACGAAGCUCACAAAGAAAAAGCGAAAGAUUCCGAUAAUACAAUCGGUGAACGUGUCGGUGCUGGUAUUUCCGCAGUGGGUGACAAAAUCGAAGAAAAAUCACACAAAGCCAAAGCUGAAGCACACAAAGAAGCUUUGUAA